UUCAAACUGCUCCAUUUAUUGAAUAAACAAAUAUUCGCAGAAUGUUUGGCUGUCGAUCUGGUUCUGGUUGAGGGGCCACCGCACAGAAUAGAUGACAUCAUGGGCUCCAUGGUCAUCGACAGACGCAUACCAUUGUUCUCACUCUCUGUCUCUCUGGGAAUCUUUCUCUUAGCAACUGAACUCUCCCAAAUUGGCUCCCCCAUCUCUCUUUCGAUGUACACCGGCUGGGUCUCGGUUCUGGCGGAGAUCAGAUAGUCAGUUAGCAUGGAACAGCAUCAGCAGGUGGAGAGACUGCGGGUGAGAUUGGUGCCCGCCCAGACGGCGGAGGAGCGCUCCAGGAAUAUCAUAGCCAAUGUGGUGGUAGACGAUGGCCAAGUGCCCUUUAUCGAUGAGCAGGCGGCGGAGAAGGUAACCCUCGUCCACCAGGAGGCAGCUGUUCCUGCUGCCACCAGUGCCUCCCAGCAGCCCCGACUCCGUUACUAUGCAGUGGGACCAUCCACCUACAAGCUGCAGUGUCCCCUGUGCCGGGAGCGAAGUCAGGCGGCUGUGAUGAGGGCAGCCAGCUGCAAGGACGCCAGCAUGUGUCUGAGUUUGCUUUCCUGCAUCUUCCCGCUCUUCUGGAUCUGCUGCGUCUGCACCUGGUGUGGCUGCAACCGGGAGUGGACCACCAAGGGAAUUUACUGCAGUUCAUGUGGCGGCAAAGUUGGAAUCCAGCGCAAGGCCAAAUAGUUCAUUCAUCGAAUCAAUUAAAAUUAUGUUUAUUAAUGCCAAAUAUUUCACUUCUGUUCUAUAAUUCUAUUACGCAUCUAACUCAA